CGAGCCAUGAUGGUCUCGGGCCGCCUGGUCCUAGCUCGGGGUCUUCUGCCGGGGUUGCGGCAGCGGGUACCCAUCAUUUUGGGGGCCUGUGCUGCCACUUCGAGCCCCAGCUGCCCGCCCCCGCCCCUCUCAGGGCCCAGCCGCGGGCGCCCGCUGAGCCUGUCGGCGGCUGCCAUCGUGGACUCGGCACCCCGCCCUCUUCAGCCCUAUCUGCGCCUUAUGAGGCUGGACAAACCCAUCGGAACCUGGCUGCUGUAUUUGCCAUGUACCUGGAGUAUUGGCUUGGCAGCAGAGCCAGGCUGUUUUCCAGACUGGUCUAUGUUGUCCCUUUUUGGUACAGGCGCAGUUCUGAUGCGGGGAGCCGGCUGUACAAUUAAUGACAUGUGGGAUCAGGAAUAUGAUAAAAAGGUUACAAGGACAGCAAAUCGACCAAUAGCUGCUGGAGAUAUUUCAACAUUUCAUUCCUUGAUUUUCCUUGGAGGACAGCUGAGCUUGGCACUGUGUGUACUCCUGUGUCUGAAUUAUUACAGUAUAGCACUGGGAGCUGCUUCAUUGUCCCUGGUGGUCAUUUAUCCUCUGAUGAAAAGAAUUACUUAUUGGCCACAGCUAGCCUUGGGACUAACCUUCAAUUGGGGAGCAUUACUUGGAUGGUCUGCUAUCAAGGGUUCCUGUGAUGUGUCUGUCUGCCUGCCCCUUUAUCUCUCUGGAGUUAUGUGGACCUUGAUAUAUGACACUAUCUAUGCCCAUCAGGACAAGAGAGAUGAUGCCCUGAUUGGUCUCAAAUCCACUGCUCUACGUUUCAAGGAAGACACCAAGCAGUGGCUAAGCGGCUUCAGCAUUGUCAUGUUGAGUGGCCUGACUCUGGCUGGACUAAACUGUGACCAGACCAUCCCUUACUAUGCUGCUGUGGCUGCCAUAGGGGCUCAUUUGGCUCACCAGAUUUACACUCUAGACAUCCACAAACCCGAGGAUUGUUGGGCCAAGUUUACCUCCAACCGGACCGUAGGAUUCGUGCUUUUCAUAGGGAUUAUACUUGGAAACUUGUGGAAAGAAAAGAAACCAAAGGAAUUGAAGGAACAUGGAGACAACAACGUAGGAAGUUAACCCAGAGUCUAGGAACUUUUCCAUCUGAGUUACAAUCUUUCUCUUCUGUUACCAGAAAACUAGUUUGCAUAGUCUGUUAAAAUAAGAAUGAUUGACAUGAAUAUUCAAGGUAGCAUUUCCCAGGUUAAACAAUGUCACCAGCAAAAUUCACCCCAACUCAGGUUCUCCUCUUUUGAAGCUGGGUGUAGCCUUGGAUUUUUAGAUGAACAUUUUGUCCUAAGCAUGAGAAUUCUCCUUUAAAAAUGAUUGGAAUCAUAAAAGCUUUAGCACCUUUUUAGAACUGUGAUGAGUAUCUUAUCCAAGAGGAAUGUAUUUUGAGAAAUGUACUAUUUUUAAAGAAAAUUCAAAUAAAAGCUGCUAUGAUAA